UGGCCAUGAAAUGAGGAAUUGAUCGGCGCGGUUUAUGGCCCAGGAUACCAUGACUUCAGCGCGAGAAGACAAAGAUGUUCGCAACCACGGUGCCAUCAAUGCCCAUGUAUCUGCCAUCAGUGCCCACGCAUCGUUACGAAGUUCUGCGAUCAUCGAAUAUGCAAGAUAUAUGGCAAACGAUUCCAUGAAGUAAGCGGCUGAAGUUAAAGGGAUAAAUGCAGGUUUUGUGAUGGUUGAAGCGAAAUGCACUGGAGUACGCUUGGCAGGUGAUGGCCACUGGAGACGGCCGAAGCGAAAUGCAUCAAGGUCGACAGCAAGAAAGAACAACGGACCAGCCCCGAUGGAAGUACCAACAACGAGCAAUGUCGAUGCCGACGAGUGUUUCUUGCUGUCAACGAGCGCUGAUUUCGAGUUUGUCAGGCUCCGAAAGGCUCAGCAAUGCAAUAAAGCUAGUCAAAAUGUUGUUCUACAGAAGAUCGGUGAUCCGAAUGCUUUGCCUUUCAUUCACAUCACGCUCGUUUUUAUGCAACAUAUUUUCAAAGCGAUAUAUUCAAGCUGCACGAUACGACAAACCGCUAUUUCAGCAAACCCCGAUAUGCUGCAAGCAUGUGGUCUUCGAAACAUUGCGAGCGUUAUCCUUACAGUUCAUUUCAAUAUCCUGGAAUCAGCCUUGCUCACUACUUGCAAGCGCAGUACCUCCUCGGCACUCCUCCUCACUGCUCUCCUUCCGCCUCAGUGUUGGGCUCGCAAGUGCUUCGAGAACACUUCGAGAGCGUCCCCAAUGACUCCAUGCAAGUUGUGUGUAUAGGCUGUACCAUUGUCGGGUGAAUCCUGGGUCGAGGACGCGGGGUGGAGGAGACCGAGUUCGACGUCAGAAUCUGGCCCACCGAAGGUUGGUAGGUGGUCAUUUCCUGCUGGAGGCGGACAUGAUGGUUAGAAAGGCCAGAGUUCAUAGUAUAGACAGGCAAAAAUUUGAAAACAAAUACCUCUCAUUGCGUUGUUGUAUCUUCUAGUAGCCCAUAUGGCACCGCCGCCCAAAAGCGUAGCCGUGA